GAGAAUACAAGAAAAUCUCCUUUUACUCGUAAACGAAUUCGAAAACUUUGGGAGGAGCGUAAAAAAACGUUGAUUAAAGUUUGCAGCGUAAUUUAUUUACGAACGUGAUACAUUUGUAUUUCCGUACACUGUGUCCGUGAGUGUCCCUAAGUUGCGUUCCUUCAAUCGGUAGGGGAUCGCGCAGGCGCGUCAGAGCCGAGUCGCUGCGUCGAAGCCGUCAAUUCCGUCAGUGGCGCCGCGAACCAACCGCGACCAAUCGCUCACCCCCCCAUAAAAAACCGACACACCACGGAAACAAGAAAAUGACCCCCUUUUCAUGAGUGACCGGUACUGAGUGACCAGAGUUGAGCGGAAACAAAACGAAAACACCGUGAAAAACACUUCAAUGCACGGAUCAGUGCGUAGAUGGUGUGCGUGUGUUCGGUGAGGCAUGUGAGGUGGGCGGUGAGGCAGCGGCAUGCCGGGCGGCCGCCGGGGGCUGGUGGCCCCGCAGAACACCUUCCUCGAGAACAUCAUCCGCCGCUCCUCAUCGCAGCACAGCAGCUUCCUGCUGGCGAACGCGCAGAUCGUGGACUAUCCGAUCGUGUACUGCAACGAAACCUUCUGCAAGAUGAGCGGCUACAAUCGGGCCGAGGUCAUGCAAAAGUCCUGCAGAUGCACGUGGAUGUACGGCGAGCUAACGGAAAAAGAAGCUAUAGAGCGAAUCGACCGAGCUCUGGACCACCACCUGGCGGAUCAGUUUGAGAUACUACUGUACAAGAAGAACAGAACACCACUAUGGCUGCUCGUUCACGUGGCCCCGAUACGGAACGAGAGGGAGCUGGUCGUACUCUUCCUGCUCACCUUCAGAGACAUCACUGCCCUGAAGCAACCUAUCGAUGCAGACGACCCCAAAGGAGGUCUGUCGAAAUUCGCGAAGUUAGCCCGCAGCGUUACAAGGUCUAGGUCGGUGCUGGUCUCCGCGCUGCCGGCCCUCAAGGAGCCGCAGCGACAGAGUCACCUGGCGCAUGUCAGUACCAACGCACCACAUGUGAUGUCCUUAUCGGGGGACGUUUUGCCGCAAUACAGACAAGAAGCACCGAAGACGCCGCCCCAUAUCCUACUCCACUACUGCGCGUUUAAAGCCAUCUGGGACUGGAUUAUCCUCUGCUUGACCUUCUACACAGCCAUCAUGGUGCCCUACAACGUGGCCUUCAAGAACAAAACGAGCGAAGACGUGUCCCUCCUUGUGAUAGACUCCAUUGUGGACGUGGUGUUUUUCAUCGAUAUAGUGCUGAAUUUUCACACGACCUUCGUGGGUCCCGGCGGAGAAGUUGUCAGUGAUCCAAAGGUUAUAAGGAAGAAUUACUUCAAGUCGUGGUUCCUCAUAGACUUGCUCUCCUGCCUGCCGUAUGAUGUGUUCAAUGCCUUCGAUCACGACGAAGAUGGAAUCGGAAGUCUGUUUAGUGCGCUCAAAGUCGUGAGAUUACUCCGGCUGGGUCGUGUAGUUCGUAAGCUAGAUCGAUACCUUGAGUAUGGGGCGGCGAUGCUGAUCCUUCUGCUCUGCUUCUACAUGCUGGUGGCGCACUGGUUGGCCUGCGUCUGGUACAGCAUCGGCCGCUCGGACGCCGACUCCGGCCUCCAAUACUCAUGGUUAUGGAAACUGGCCAACGUGACCCAGUCCCCAUAUUCCUACGUCUGGUCCAACGAGUCUGACGGGCCCGAGCUAGUUAACGGGCCCUCGCGCAAGACCAUGUACGUGACGGCGCUGUACUUCACCAUGACCUGCAUGACCUCCGUGGGCUUCGGCAAUGUCGCCGCCGAGACCGAUAACGAGAAGAUCUUCACCAUCUGCAUGAUGAUCGUGGCAGCUCUGCUGUACGCGACUAUAUUUGGCCACGUCACGACAAUCAUCCAACAAAUGACAUCAGCAACGGCGAAGUAUCACGACAUGCUGAACAACGUUAGAGAGUUCAUGAAACUACACGAGGUGCCUAAAGCUUUAAGCGAAAGAGUCAUGGACUACGUGGUUUCCACUUGGGCCAUGACUAAGGGCAUCGACACGGAUAAGGUGCUAAAUUACUGUCCGAAAGACAUGAAGGCCGAUAUCUGCGUCCACUUGAACCGGAAAGUCUUCAACGAGCACCCGGCGUUCAGACUGGCAUCCGACGGCUGUCUGCGAGCCCUCGCGAUGCACUUCCAAAUGUCGCACUCCGCGCCCGGAGACCUGCUGUACCACACGGGAGAGUCCAUAGAUUCGUUGUGUUUCAUCGUUACCGGCAGUCUAGAAGUAAUACAGGACGAUGAAGUUGUCGCUAUAUUGGGUAAAGGAGACGUCUUCGGAGAUUCGUUCUGGAAGGACAGUGCCGUCGGUCAGUCGGCCGCGAACGUUAGGGCGCUCACGUACUGCGACCUGCACACCAUCAAGCGAGACCGUCUGCUGGAAGUCCUGGACUUUUAUCAAGCGUUCGCGAACAGUUUCGCCAGAAAUCUAACCCUCACUUAUAAUUUAAGACAUCGACUAAUAUUUCGCAAGGUAGCAGACGUCCGUCGCGAGCGAGAGCUAAUGGAGAGACGGAAGCGGGAACCUCAACUCGAACAAGCACAAGACCAUCUCGUCCGCAAGAUAUUCUCUCGCUUCCGCCGUGAGAGGAGCGUCGCGGCCGCACCCGCUCCCGCCCCCGCUCGCGCGACCCCCGCCCUCGCCACGACCGCGGCUCAACCCACUGACGCAGAGCGCGGUGAAGCCACACAAGCGACUUCCGCAUCGACGACCACAACGACGACGGCCGCUCGUGGGAAGUGGGGGCGGCUGCUGGCGGGCGGGUCGCUGGACGCGCCCUCCGGGGAACCGCCGCGGAGCGCCUUCGCCCGCAGUCUGAGCACCCGUGACCGACCCACGCCGCCCGCCAUCACGGAGACCACGACUGCCACUCCUGCGCCCAUCUCCACUCUAUCCAUUAAGGCGUCAUUCGCAAAAGGUCGUUCAGCCGGUGCAUUGGGCGGGAGCGGAGGCUCGACAAGGCAGGACACUAUAGAGGAAGAAUUAGAAGAGAAGCGUGCCCCCGCGGCGGCCCCCUCGGCGGCUCCCGCAGCGCCAUCCGCUGUGUCGCAUGACGCGGCCUUGGCGGAGCUGCGACGCGAUGUGCGCAAUGAAGUUCAAAGGCUGCAGCAGAAAUUGGGUCGCGUCGAAGAGCUGCUAACGAUGCUAGCCGCCCGUCUUGGGGCCGACCCCGCGGAGACGGCGGCGGCCGGUGCGGGGGCUGAGCCCGACCCUCCGCGCGCGCCCCCCACCGACCUAGCGGCACUCACUAGGAAACGACGCUCGAAGGCUCGCAGUAAAGGCGCAGCCCCACAAGCGCCGACGCCGACGACUCCCACGGAGACCCCGUCGAGUCCGGGGGCCACGAGCGGCGCGUCAAGCGGAGCGUCGAGCGGGGCGGCGCAGCGGCGGAGGGACUUCGUGUAGCGCGCGGCGGCGCCCGGCGCUCCUCCAGACUAGCGCUGUGCGCCCACACACACGCCUACACCAUCUUCCAGAGGCUAGUGUAACAAAUAACAGCGACACCAGCAGCCUACGAUGGGUGAUGUGAUAUUAUAUCCACUAAAACCCCUCAGCGCUAUCAGACGUUACGUCCGAGUUCAAAAAAAAAAAACUUUAACUGACGCAUUCUUCCACGGCUACACACAUACACACCUAUCUUUGUAUAGAUUGGCGGCACCGACAAUGCUUCUCAAACUGUGACACAAGCAUCGAAAUUAUUAAAGCUGAAUUGAUGUGAUUAAAACAGUGCAAAUGCACAAAGUCAAUUUUUCUAUCGUGUCCUUCGUAGCGGCACUAUGACCACAUUUCAUUUUAUGAACAACAUCAAAGCCAGUCAAUUUUAUGUGAUGUAGUUCACUAGCAACUUCAAUGUUUGAAACUGGCAUUUCGUUUCUUGAUGUAAGUUCCGAUGGUGGAGACGGUCAUUAAUAUUGAAUAUUCGUGAUUUGAGUAUUAAAAUGAACUAAUUGAAUUGUGUUGUUAACACCGCUAGUGUCACGUUGUAAAACUCAUCUAAAGGAAUCUGAUUAAGCGUCUAUCACUUGAAGAAAUUGUUUUGUAAUUGUUUACUAUAGCUCGUGAAUAAAUUGGAAUAACUAAAUCUAAUACAUUUUGAUCGAGUCACACGAUAUUAAGAGGUGGUAGUUCAAUAAAUACAUACAUAAGAAAGACCGCGUGACUUCCCAAAUCGUUCUAAACAAAUUUAGUCACGUGAUCAGCCCGAUAGUUUUGAUUCAAUUAAAACUUGAAAUAUUUCUUUUUACAAUAAGAAAACGCUUCGCACGGCCAUCUAUACUAUUAUUUAAACUAUUUGAUUAUAUUAUUAAGGCAGAUAUGAACAAAGUUUUUACAUAAAAGUUCGUGACACCUUUAAAACGAUAGAUAUCGCUCGGUUAUAACGUAUGUACAUAGUAUUAGUGUUAAUUACUCGUAGUUGCUCACAAUACGAGUAGGCACGCAGCAUAACGCUUAUCGAUACCGUGAACUGUAGGUUUGAUACUACAUAAUAAUAAUAUAUCGACUUGAAGUAUUCAACAGAUUUCAAAUUCAUUCAUUUAAAAAAAACCGAUAUCCAAUGAACAUAUUUAUAUGAUAACUUGUGUAUUACUCAGACAUAAUGAGAUAUUAUAUUACAUGUGCGUUGUAGUUUAGAAUGGUUAAGUUUCUGAUAGAAUUGUCAAGAUACAUUUUACUUUUAAAUUAAUUUGAAAGUUUAAAAUCAGUAAUAUCACACAACUAACUCUGUUCCUAAUUAUAAUGCGGUUCACGGUGACACAACUAUUUAAGCGAUGAUGAAAUGUAAAAAUGAUAUUGUUAAUGUAAGUAUUAAGCUAAAAUUUUACAUUUGGAAAGCAAUAAUCUCAUUAUAAUCACUUAUUUAACCAGCGCUUCUCAAUUUAUUCGGUUUCGCCUGUGAGCAAAAAGUUAAAUUAGUUAAAGUUAAAUUAAUCUAUUAAACUAUUAAAGUGGGAUGUAUUCUAUUAAAAUAACGUAUCAAUGAUUAUAACAAUUAUACUCUAAAGUGGAGGCUUUGUUUGUACGCACUACUUAUGGGAUUUUUAAUUCAAUAUUAUCAUAUUUGCCAAAUUAUUUCCAGGAAAAGGCUCCGUAGAUUUCUUUUUCGGAGGCAGCUCCUUAAGGUUGAGAAGCGCUGAUCUACUGCAGUGUUAACUAACGACCAAGUAUUUUUAUAUGCCUUAAUUACAAUACUGUAGUAUAUCAGGUAAUAUUGUCUUAUAAGACUUCGAAGUUCCAUUCCAACAUUGAUUCACUCAGACAACGACUUUUAUUCACAUUUGUAAUUUUUGUUUCUUUAUUUGGCGUAGGCUGCAAUCGUCUUCGUGACAAUCAUUUAUUAGAAAUAUUUAAGAUUUUAAGCAAUAAGAGGCAGACUAGACGUCACAAAGAAUUAAGUCAUCAAGAUUGUUCAACAAGAUUUGAACUUGUAUAAAAUUUAACUAUGAAUUUGUUUUUGACAUCACACUACAACCAGAUUUAUAGCACUUAUGUAAUAUUUGUCGACUACUUUAAAAGACAUGGAGUACCUGUACCGUACCUACAUAACGUGCGAUCGAUUGUAAUGCAUACGAGGAAAUUUGAAUGUUAGUUUUAUUGGGCGAAGCACAUUUAGAGAAUCAAACACAAACUUCACUUCAUUCUGCCUCUAUUGGAAUCGCCAUUAUAACUUAAAUUCUAAUUAGUGAAUAAUUAAUGAAACAACAACUACUAAUUUUGUAUGCUUCUUCAAAAGUGCGUGUCGAUUAUACCUAUAAAUUUAAGGUGAAAGUUUUUAUAUAUUAUAUUAUACAAAAUUUAGCUGUACCCUAUAUCGCAAGACGCAAUCUGUUGUUUGAUUAAUACAAAGUUUAUUACCUACGUUACGAAAUUAAGAAACGUUUUAUCGGAAUUCGUGUAUACAUAUCUGUUUAAAACGGCGCAGUUCGACAAUUGAUAAAUGGCAAUACAUAUUGUAUAAAAUAUUAAUGUAAUUAAUUAUAUUAAAAUAGGACGUGCAUAAGAUACGACCGUCCGAAGAAGCGCCUAGUUUAUGAAUGCGUUCGGAAAUGCUGAGGCAUCUAUGAGACUAUGUUUAUAAACAUAUUUGGUACCAAUAAGGACGCUUCCCUUUUAAACAAAAAUCGAAAAUAUAUUUGUGAACACAUCGUUGCAUGAACAGUUACGAAUAGUGUGCUUCAUGCGAGUGUUUUAACUUCUCGAUCGCGUAAAAGUUAACUCAAAUUUGUAUGGAGUUGGAUCAGCGCCCCUAGCGGCAAACGAAAGGUAGCUGUCCAACUCCAUACAAAUUUAAGUUAACUUUUACGCGAUCGAGUAGUUAAAAAACUCGCACUAAAAACACUGUCCCUCAAGUUAUGAAUUGGAACGUCGCGCGCUUCACAGUUUUCGAACGUAUUCACGUUUAUUGUUAACGUUUUUAAAGUUUAUUCGAGAUAUUCGAUAUUCUCGCGUAGUUACUUUGGUCGCUAUCGUGUAGUUUACGUUUCGGGUGCAAUGUGUAUCCAGCUACGGCACAGCUCCUCAUAAUUUUUAAAUGAAAAUAUAACGAAAUGAAAACCG